UUGAAGCGAUUCUGUUAAUCGACGUUUAGAGGUCGUUUUAACUGCAAUGAUGCUUCGUUACUCCAGCUUCUGUUAUCAUUUGGCCAACUGCAAAUGUAUGUGAACAAGCUAUGCGAUCGUAGAAAACAACGUGAAAAGGUAUAUACGGAAAAGACAAGUGAAAACGGAAAUUUCAGAAGAUGUUUUUUGGAAGUUUUGGCGUCUUUGGACGCUUCAAUUCCGGAUUUGAAGCGUGUUUGAGAGGAGUUUAGGCCUGAACCGCCUCAUUUGGCCCGAUUAUCGUUGGUUUUUAAGUUCGUUGUAUCGUACUUUGUACCUGAUUUUGAUUCCUGUGAUGUUUUGAGCAUCGUGCGUAGCUCACGCACGAGUGAUUCUUCUGUUUUGUCCUUGUUUUUUAGCGAGUAUUUGUACGUGUUAAGGUCGUGCAAAGUUUCUAAGUGGAAAUUAAAAUGCUCGGAGCAGCGUCGCCAAAACGGACAAGUCCCGGCCAGUGUUGCAGAAUAAAGCUGAGAACGAGCUCCGGCAUCGUCACCUUGAUGUGCCGGAAGAAUAGUAACAUUUCCACUCAAGAAAAGGGUGAUCUAAUCUACGGCGAGCUCCCAGACCUGCCGGACUGGAGAGAAGCGCAGCAUAUCAUAGCUACUGGAUCGCAAGAUUCUGAUUAUUUGAGCCUUCCGCCUGAUUAUUCGGUCUAUGAAUUUUGGUCAGAGCUGGCGGACCUAGGGUUUGACGAAGGCGGAAGAAGCUGCGAACUUCCUGAUUUUCCGGAAAUGGACGCCGAUUUCGAUUUCUUGUGGAGAAUUGACGACGAUGUCCUGAAGUUUGAAGAUGCAGAAGAUUUUGGUGAAGAAUUGAAGGAUUUGGAGGUAGAGAAGGAGAUAAAGUGGAUGGAUUUCUUGAAUCCUUGUAGUUUUCAUAGUUUUGAUGACCAGACCAUUCAGAUGAUUCCCUUGCCUCUCGGAUCCCACCAGCCGGAAUCGGAAAUUGUUAAAGUGGAGUCAAAUAAUGAGAGCUCCAUAAUUCCUUCGAGCUCUAUGCAGCUUUUCCCUGAACAUGAAGCAGAAAUCGUAAGCUCUGACGACUGUAUGAUGUUCAAGAAAGCUUCCACGUCUGCGAGGAGCCACAAGAAAACAAGGCUGAAUCCCGCGGUAGCGCGGAGUCAUUUUGGCGCAAGCUUCAAGCCGCAGAAAAUUUCAGCAGAAACGGAUGAUUUGCAGAAAACAUUCCGUUAUGAAGACCUCGAAUGCAGCGAGGUACUGUCAGAAAGCGAUUCUGAAGGAGAAUCCGUCGAAAAUCACCGUGUAAAGCCUUCUUCCAGACGCCCGAAGAGGAAAAUGGGUGGCUGUAUCAACAGAAACCAUCUUCCCGAGCAGGCGGUGAACGUGCUGAAAGCGUGGAUGGACAAGCACAUGAGCAAUCCUUAUGCCACGAAGGAGGAGAAGGUUGAGCUAGUUAAGCUCAGCGGUUUGACACUUCACCAGGUGGAGAACUGGCUUUCGAAUACGAGGUACAGAUUCAAGAUUCAGAAGGCGCGGUCUGCAACAAAAGAUUAUGCAGAGGUCACCAGUUCAAACCCCGUCCGUAAAACGCUCGUUGCAAGGAACAAAAAGAAAUACUUUUUCCUCUGGUAAGGGGAAAAAAUACAUCAGACUUAAGUGAGGCAAAUAAAUUUGUCUCAAAUGCCUAAAUAGUACUUAAUUUUCUUUGAUUCUAUAGUUUAAGUACUCAUGAGAUCACCGCCAUUGUUUUUCUUUCAAUAAAGUCAAAACUGUUAUAGCCAUUUAGACUUGAUUAUAGCACAAUAGUAGGAAACUAUACUGUUGAGGAGAUGAAAUAAUGAUGACUGUGGUGCUCUCCUCUAAAUAAGUUGUCCCUUCCCAAAGGAAAAAAUGCUAUCAUUACAGUAGCAUCUUCUGCAUGGAUAUAACUGAAAGCAUAGAAAUCAAGCUGGUUAAGCUUUAAAAUGUAUGAGGAGCAUAUUCUGAAUAUUAAUGAAACUCAAAAGAAUUAAUAAUAAAAAUUCUAUUAUCAUUCA